CCGGAAACGCGAUCGGGCAAAUAAACAAUGCCGGCCCCGUAUUAUUCUCUCCAUCAAAUAUCCUAACAGUUUACAUUAAAAAGGUUUAAUCAAAAUGUCUAAAGGUGAGAUUCUGAGAGAGAUUGUUACAGAGAGACUCUCCGCGGCCUGCAGGGAUAUUUUAGCGGCUGUGGACAGAAUCAUAGCCGAAUAUGAGGACGAGGUUUCGGGCUUCAGACAGCAGAUCAGCCGGCAGAAGAUCCAGCUGGAGCUCCUGCAGGAUCACACUGAAGAAGGCGAGAAGGGCAGCACCCUGGAUGAAGAGGAGCAAGAUGAAGAUGAGGAGGAGCGUCCAGAGAAACCAGAAAACUCGACCAAUCAAACGCCAUCAAGAUGUCAGAAUAAAAAGAGGAAACCUGGGAUAAUUGAAACUCAGAAACACGUGGAGCUCAGGCUCCGGAUCCUCGAGGACUUUAACACCGACGUGCUCACAAAUAAAGUUUUAAAGAAAUGUCCUCUGCUGAAGCUGAAGUGUCCUCGAGGACUGACGGAAGAAGACUUCCUGAACUUCCUGAGGGGCAGCUUUCCACAACUGUGUGCAGAAAAUAAACAUUUUGACAUUUUAACGUCAGACAAGAGACGGAGACUCAAGCCUCUUAAAAUAAAAACUCCAACAGCCGAGGAGAUCCACAGAAACAUCAGGAACUCGCCUCUCUACAUCAGACUGAAGAAGAAUAAGGACCCUCAAUCCAGUGAAGAAGAGAUGAAUCCUCUACAGAUAAAACACAGCAGCACUGGAGACGUUCUGUUUGAUGAAACGAGCAGCACGUGUCAGGAAGUCGAAGUGAGCGGAGAAGACCUCUCAAUAUCACAACAAGACAUCGAAACAGAGGAAGCAGGUGCCGAGGAUUGUGGGACAUCCGAGCCAGAUGAGGGGAAAAUGGACGGUGUGGAAAGAGAAGAAGCGAGCGAUGACGAUUGGAAACCAGACUUGAGUCGUGACUCUGGAUUGUGUUUAUCAAAGACUAAAAAGAAAGGAAAAGCCAAACGCUCGGGUUUAAAAAGCGAGAAAAGUGUGGAUGAUUUCUCCUGCAAAGUGUGUGGAGCGCUGCACGAAUUGGAAAUUGCGGUAAUCAAACACGCCUUGAGUCACGUGGACAAAACGGGAAGUUUUUGCGGUGUUUGCGGAGAGCAUUCAGUGUCGAUGACGGAUCAUUUUGAAAGCCGACACAAAACCCACGACUGUCACAUCUGCGAAGAGUCUUUUCUCAGUUCUCUUGAUCUCGACGAGCACGUGGCCGCCCACUCGGGGCAGAAACCGUACGAAUGCGAUGUUUGCAAAGACGCUUUUGCAUUGAAAGUCUCCUUAGAGAAUCACAAGCAGAUGCACGAGAAUAAAAAGUUGCACCUCUGCGGAGUUUGCGGUAAAUCCCUCUGCGACUUCCGAUCGCUUUCCCGCCACAAGAUGACGCACUCCGGGGAGAGACCUCAAGGUUGUCAGGUGUGCGGGAGGCGUUUCAAACUCCCCGGGACGCUGAGGCAACACGAGAAGAUCCACACGGAGAGACAAAGAUCAUACCUCUGCGACGUUUGCUGCAAGAUGUUCCUCACGAGCAAGGAGCUGCAGAUCCACAUGCGAACGCACUCCAACGAGAAGCCGUAUCACUGCGGGGAAUGCGGGAAAGGAUUCUCCACGAAAGGCUCGUUGACGAUACACAUGCGCGUCCACACUGGAGAGACACCGUACAGCUGCCCCGACUGCGGAUGGUCCUUCAAGCGAAAGAUUAAUCUGGAUAACCACGCCACGGUGCAUUCGGGUGCCAAACCGUUUGUUUGCACGAUUUGCGGGAAAGCGUGCGCUCGCAAAACGUACUUAACGGUCCACAUGAGGACGCACAACGGAGAGAGACCGUACAAGUGCACCUUCUGUGACAAAGCCUUCACUCAGAGCCACUGCCUGAAGACUCACAUGAAGAGCCACCAGGGGGCGGAAGCUGCAACGUGACGCUGAAAAUGGAGGACAUUGUUGUGUUUUCCACUAUUUAUGUAUCUGUUUUCAAGUUAUGUGAAGAUUCCUGUACAGUGGGCAACGUUCAUUGCAUGUGGGAGAAAUAAAAUAUGAAUGUGCAAUACAGAGGUUGCGCUAGACUUUUUCGCUGCCCGUCAUUUUGACGGACAGGAUCGUAAAACUUCCGUCAAAAUCCAGAAUUACCCGUCAGCCUUUACACAACUCUGACGAGGGG